CAAUCGGACGCCUUUGUCCUUUUGACUCGCGUCACACACGUUCGCCGGCAGCUAGUGCUACUUUCCAAGAUGUCGGCUACGUCUGUGUUCCCCAUGUGUGUGCGAGCGAGCCGGGGCCUCCUGAGGCUCAGGAGCGGGAUGGCGGGUGCCUCCUGCCCGGCCGUGGUUGACAUCGUGCGGACGCUCUCCACGGACAAGCCGCCGGCCGGUGCGAGCGGCGCGACGGGCGGGCUGGCUCAGGCUAUCCUCCAGGAGAGGCUCCAGCAGCAGCAGCAGAGUCAGGGCCAGCCUCCUCCUGAUGGAAAGGAGGGCGAGAGGGAGGGAGAACAGACGGAGGACAAGAAGCAGAAGGAAAACACCGCCUACGCUAAGAAGAUGGUGCUACGGUUGGCGGGACUCAUGGGGCUGGGCGGCGCCGUCGGCAUGGUUUACAUAUUCGGCACCAACUCGGUGGAUGAACAAGGAAACACGAUUCCAGAUGAGUUCGACAGAGACCCUCCAGUCGUCCAGCAGUUGAAAAGAACCUUCAAAUACUUCAAGGACUACAGACAGGUGAGUGGAGUACCGACGAGCCCGAAGCUGCUGCCCGACCCCCUGAAGGAGCCGUACUACCAGCCUCCCUACACUCUGGUGCUGGAGCUCACCGACGUCCUGCUGCACCCGGAGUGGUCGUUGUCAACAGGUUGGCGGUUUAAGAAACGUCCAGGCAUCGACUACCUGUUCCAGCAGCUCGCGCCGCUCUACGAGAUCGUCAUCUUCACGGCAGAGACCGGCAUGACGGCGUAUCCUCUGAUCGACAGCAUCGACCCUCAGGGUUUCGUCAUGUAUCGUCUAUUCAGAGACGCAACGCGCUACAUGGAGGGACAUCAUGUUAAGGACGUGUCGUGCCUGAACCGAGACACCAGUAAAGUGAUCGUGGUGGACUGUAAGCGGGAGGCGUUCAGCCUGCAGCCCUUCAACGGCAUGGCUCUGAAGAAAUGGGACGGGAACUCGGAGGACCGGACGCUCUACGACCUCGCCAACUUCCUCAAGACCAUCGCUCUGAGCGGAGUGGAGGACGUCCGCUCGGUGUUGGAGAACUAUGCUCUGGAGGACGACCCCAUUGAGGCCUUCAAACGCAGACAGGCUCAGCUAGCACAGGAGGAGGAGCAGCGCCUGGCUGAGCUCUCCCAGCAGAAGAAGCAGGGACUCUCUCUCGGCUCCAUCGCCUCGCGGUUCUGGCGCUCCAAACAGCAGUGAGCGCCGCCCCCCACCCACCACCACCACCACCAUCACCUGCUCUCACACUUCCACCAAUCGCAGCCCGGCUCUCUGCCCAGCAUCCAGGUGAGGGGAGAGGCCAGAGGAGGAGAGGAGGGGGCGGGGGGAGGGACUGCGUUACUGUAGCUGAGCGGCCAAUCAUGUCUCAGUGGGCGGGUCUGCGGUGCUGGAGACGGAGCGAGGACAUUGGCUGGCGUCUGCAACGACGAGAGAGGCACUUCCUGGUUUUUUUUUUUUUUUUUGGAGGCAGCGUCGACUGAUGCACAUGAGGCUGCUGAUUAAAAAAAAAUUAAAAACACAAACCAGAAGAAGAGACGAUCCAGAUCCAGGUCAGGUCAAACCUCCUGCUGUUGGUGGUCUGGGCACAGAUCUGAGACCAGCUGCUGCUAUCUCCACUCCAGCUCUGGUCGGCCACCGCCGCUUACAGGAUCUGACAUGAGAUCAGCAGCCACACCUUCAGAAUGUCGAUUUUAUUUUCUAUUCCUCUGUGUGUCUCGGACUGUGCUGUCGGGCUGCUGGAGACGAUGUUAAAAUAAUGAAAAUGUUUCUAAAAAAAAAGAAAUAAAAAUAAACAAUCGUAGUAUUCUUAAGAGUUUAUUCAAUAUGUCAGAGACUUUCAGAAGAUGCGGCAGCAAUGAUGGCGAGUGUGGAUUCAUGGACGUAAUGAAGACUGGAGCGGCAGCUGAGCCAAAGGUGGAGAGGAGGAGUGGUUAAAGAAUACGUCUGGUGUUAUAAAUGUUUGUUAUUGUCCAAAACUCCACUGGGAAAUAAAAACAAAAACAAAAACUUUUAAAAACAACCCACAAAUAUACAGUUUCAUUCUUAGAAAGACUCCAUAAGUUCCUAAUUCACGUGUAGUUUUUAUCAAACAAACAGGGAAGUAGUGCGUUUGUCAGGGACUAUUUCAGUGGCGGAUGAAUCCACAUUUGGUGCACUAGUGAAUAUUUGUGGCAACAGGGCAGUAUGUGUUGGUUUGAGUCAAAAUAAACGCUGCAAUGAUUCAGUAUCGAAAAGUACCAAGACAGCUAGCUGGUUAGCAUGCUAAGAAGUUAUAGAACUAGGAUUAAAGCACGUUGUGACUUUGUUUUGAAAGAGUUGCUCAAAUAAAGUCUCUUUUUGUUCUUCUUCUCUUUAAAAGGUGCUGUAUGUAAAUUUUUGCUAUCGCCACAUAGCUAACGUUAGCAUUAGCAGCUGUUUACUUACAGGUCCAGAGGAAACGUGUGAGAUCAGUAUCAAACCUCAUUCCUUUACUUGCCAAGAGCUGUCCCCAGUGCUGGAAAGCAAGUCAAAAUUAUGAAUUCAAAAUAAAGGGCAAGGUUAGCAUGCGAACCAGCUAGCCUUCUCCAAUGCCACCGUUGGCUAUGUAACAAUAACAAAAAGUUACAUAUUGCAUCGAGAGGAAGAACAUGAAAAAGAAACUUAAUUCACAGAUUUUUUCAAAAUAAAGUCACAAUGUGCUUAUAUUUCUCUCUCUUCUUAGCAUGCUAACCAGCUGGCUGUCUCAUCACUUUCCGAUAGUGGCUUACUGUAGCGAUCCGGACUGCCCUUGGAACCCUGUCAGACACUACAAACCCUACAUUUUCUACAAAUACCCAGCAUUUCCUGUUUGUUCAUCACGAUUGCGUUUGUCCAGGAUUUCGUGAUGGAUCUGUGACAUUUUUAAUCUUCUUCUCUCCCUCGUCCGUCCAAAAAGAAGAGAGGAAACUCUGAGCACAGGAACCACGACGAUGGUGUUCGAGGCUCAGCUGCUGUUCUGCUUCAUGUUUGCCCGUUGAAGGUUCAUGUUGAUGUGAACUCGCCUUCCACAUCCUCAAUAAAGGAGGCAAAUCAA